GCGAAAGAGUCGCGCGAAAGCACGCAUGCGCGAAUGUGACCACAAAUAAGAAAUACAAGAUGAAACAACUUUGUAUUGUCGUCGCGUUAGUAUCCGUUUUCGGAUUGUCUUUUCAAAAAUCGACGCCACAGGACACUCACUAUGUAGCAGCCGUAGUUGAGUACCACAGAUUGACCACCAAUGUUCAAAACAACACCGCUAGAUACGUCAGUCUAAUCCAGGAAGCUGCAAGACAGAAUGCUGACAUAGUGGUGUUCCCCGAGCUGACCCUUACGAACGCGCAAUAUACAUUCGAGGUGCCCAUCAACGGGCUGGUGAAGGAACAGCCUGUACCAGCUCUCUACCCUUCUGGAUAUGAUGAGGCGAUCACAGCGAUAUCACAAGCGGCUUUAGACAACCAGAUCUACGUGGUGAUCAACGGCCGCGAGAGUCUGGACUGCAGGCUCGCAGCCACUAGGGCUGUGGAGUACUGCCCUGAGGAGAAGGCCUACAUCUUCAACACCAACGUCGUCUUCGACAGGAAAGGGGCCAUCAUUGACAGAUACCGCAAAAUCAACUUAUUCGGGGAGGUGGCUCAUACGCCCGCCUUGAGGCCUGAACUGGGCAAGUUCACGACGGACUUCGGUGUGACCUUCGGGCACUUCGUCUGCUUCGACCUGAUGUUCCAGGUGCCAGCCAUACAGGUCGUCCAGAAAGAGAAAAUUAAGAACGUCAUCUUCCCCACCAUGUGGUUCUCCGAGUUGCCAUAUUUAUCUGCUGUUCAAAUUCAAGAAGCGUACGCCUACAGUUUGGACGUCAACUUCUUGGGUGCAGGAGCCAACAACGUACGAGUUGGCAGCGCAGGUUCUGGAAUAUACUCUGGAAAAGCUGGUGCCCUUAUCAGCACAAUGCCGGGAGUAUCGGACACUCGUCUUCUUGUUGCCAGAGUACCUAAAGUGCCCGGACAAAUUACAGAACCAUUCCCGGGUCCGAUCUAUGACAACCCCACGACUCAUGACAACUUGAAGUUGAUCAUCGACCCCUCUCUGGCCUCCCACAAAAGCAGACUGCUGGUACCAGGGUUCCAGGAGUUCACGCUAGAAGACGGUGACGUGUCAUGCACAUUCAGGGUCAAUAUUGGGCGCAGGACUGGCAACGAGUACUACAGAUACAGAGCGGGUGCGUUCAGCGGUGUUCGUUCGUUCUCGGGGGUGGCGACCGGUGGCAUGCGAGCCUGCUCUGUGUACGCCUGUACCGGAGAUGAGAGGGAUACUUGUGGCAUGAGAUUCUCCCCUUACGUGGCCAACGCAACAGCUAUAUUCAUGGAACUGACCAUUAGGGCAACGAUGCCGACUCCAGUCGUGACCGAAAACCUGCAAGCCGACGGAUCUGUCGUAUACCCUGUUUCCUUAUCUGUAGCCACAUUACCUUUGGAAACAAGAGAAUAUUCAUACGCGAAGGUACCUUCCGGAGAUAGGACCCUUCACAUCUAUAGUUUGGAGAACAAAGCAGCAGAGUUGUAUUCCUUUGCAGUUUGGGGAAGACAGUUUAGCACUGACGGACAAAACGCCACAGACCCGAUAACAGAUGGCGCUAGUGUUCACUUCCUAAGUCACUUUAUGCUGGUUUUGGUGGCAAUUGUUUUAAGGCAAUUUUAAGAUGAUCGAUUUACUUUUUUGUUACGUUUUAAAUAUUUUUUCGACUAUGUUCAGUCAAACGAUGUCGAUCAAAGAUUUGUUCUUGCCAUAGUUUUUUUUUAAACAGUUUCGUUGUAAGUUCGUUUUAUGCUCCAAAA